UGCUGAAUCAAAACAAUGGCCGACUGGCGCUAGCUAACGUUACGUUACAAAACAAAAACAUGAGUGCUAGUUUCAACUGUAGUUAAACAGGCGCGCAUUGUUGUUUUUUUUAAAGACGAUGUCAGUGUUAUGAGCAAAUGAUUCACUAGGUGUACUUUACGAGCAAGAAGCUAGCUGUUUGCGGCCUGCUUUGAGCGUCGCCAUGAGUGAUGUUGUCGAGAAGACUCUGUCUGCUCUCCCGAGCCUCCUUUCGCUAGACUCGCAGGCAGGAGCUGGGAAACUUUCUCCCUCCUCCAAAUUAGGGAAUCUGAUCAAAGGAAUCACCGAAUUGACAUCCAAACAUGAGGAGGAAAAACUUAUGAAAAAGGAACUGGAGUCUAUCAAGGAGCAGGUAGCGUCUCCCAACACCACCAUGCGUCAGAUGAAGGAAAUAAUGGUGAGAGCCAUCUACUGUGAGAUGCUGGGUUACCAGGCGUCCUUCAGUUACAUUCACGCCAUCAAGCUGGCCCAGCAGGGCAGUGUCCUGGAGAAGAGAGUGGGUUACCUCGCUGUAUCCUUGUUCCUUAAUGAAACCGAUGAGUUUCUGCUACUCCUGGUGAACACAGUCCUAAAGGAUCUGCAGAGUACCAACCUGAUCGAGGUGUGCAUGGCUCUAACUGUCGUCAGUCAGAUGUUUCCCAAAGAUAUGAUACCUGCCAUUCUACCGGUGGUGGAGGAGAAACUCACACAUCCAAAGGAGAUCAUCCGGAGGAAAGCAGUCCUGGCUCUGUACAAGUUCUACCUGAUCGCACCUAAUCAGGUGCAACACAUCCACAGCAAGUUUAGGAAGGCCCUGUGUGACAAAGACCCCGGAGUCAUGACAGCCUCUCUACACAUCUACCUACAGCUCAUCAAGGAGAACCCAGAGAGUUAUAAGGAUCUGACCGGGAGCAUGGUGACCAUCCUGAGGCAGGUGGUUGGAGGUAAACUCCCUCUGGACUUCAACUACCACAGUGUUCCUGCUCCCUGGCUUCAGAUACAGCUGCUCAGGAUACUGGCCUACCUGGGGAAGGAAGACCAGGGCACUAGUGAGAUGAUGUAUGAUGUACUGGAGGAGUCGUUAAGAAGAGCAGAGAUGAAUCACAACAUUACUUACGCCAUUUUAUUUGAGUGUGUGAAGACCAUCUAUACAGUUCAUCCAAAGUCACAACUGUUGGAGAAAGCAGCAGAAUGUAUCGGGAACUUUGUCCUAUCGCCUAAGAUCAACCUCAAGUAUCUGGGUCUGAAGGCUCUGACGUACGUGGUGCAGCAGGAUGCUAACCUGGCCCUGCCUCACCAGAUGACCAUCAUAGAGUGUCUGGACCACUCUGAUGUCAUCAUUAAGCGUGAGACACUAGAGUUACUCUUCCGCAUCACCAAUGCCCAGAACGUUACAGUGAUCGUCGAGAAGAUGCUUGAGUUCCUCAGGCUGACCUGUGACGACUACAGCACUAUAGACCUCGUGGGGAAAGUAGCAGAACUAGCUGAAAAGUAUGCCCCAGACAAUGUCUGGUUCAUCCAGACUAUGAACUCUGUGUUCUCUCUGGGGGGAGACGUGAUGCAGCCUGACAUCCCUAACAACUUCCUGAGACUACUGGCUGAAGGUGUUGAUAAUGUGGAGGACAGGCAGCUGAGGCUAUUUGCUGUGGACUCCUACGUGUCCUUACUACAGGGGGAGACGGCCAAGCUGCCCCAACGCUUCCUACAGGUCAUCAGCUGGGUGCUGGGUGAGUAUUCCUACCUGAGAGAGGAGGAAUCAGACCCGGGCAGCGUGAUGAGACUGCUGGCCAGACUACUGGACCAGAGACACACCUCCACUGAGACCAGGAGCUGGGUACUGGGGGCCAUGACCAAGCUGUGCUCCAGCCCAGUGUCUGUGGCCCUGGCCAGGGAUGUUUGUGAGAGGUACUCUGGGUCUCUGAAUACGGUGCUCCGGCAAAAGGCCCAGGAACUGAUGAUCCUUAGCCAGGAUACAAAGCUCCGAGCCAGGGUACUGCCAGCCGAGGGCAGGCUAGAAAUGCCUGGAGGUAGACUCGUCCCUGUCCUUCCUGGAUGGCUAUGUGUCGGAGGCGUUGGCUGCUGGGGCAGCCCUUACAAAUCUCCUCAUCAGAGGCAGGAGGACCUGGUCCAGGAGAAAGCUCUGAGCCUGGAGCCCUAUGGUCUGUCCCUGCCGGUCAGUCUGUCGUCCUGCAGCAUCACAGACAGACUGUCUCCUACUCUGCUCUCCAUGAGCUCCGGCCUGUCUGGAAACAGCACUGAGCUAUCUCACCAAGAAGGCUCUACCACUCUGAAGUUGGAGGGGGUGAAGAGGGUGUGGGGGAAGGACGGGUACCUGGCCCAGCAGCAGAGUGCAGGUGAGACCCCAACCCCCCUAGUGGAGCUGCCCAGUCCCCUGCUGUCCCCUCAGAGCCCACCCUCCCAGACACAGAAACCCUCCUCUGGACUUGAGCCUGACCAGGAGAAACGGCAGCUGGCCUCGUCGCUCUUUGUUGGCCUGGGGUCCCACAACUCUGUGUGUCUGAUGGGCCGAGCCGAGACGGCGCCCCGACACUUCAGAAGGAAACCCAGAGGGGAGUCAUCAUCAGGCGCCAGCGAAGGCUCCUCUGACUCCUCCCACUCGUCUCGCAGCGCUGCCGUUGACAACCUUCUGCUUAGCAACCUACUGGACUCGACCACUGUGGCCUCAGAGGGGGGUGCUGCUAGCACUACCACACCUCAACAGACCUCCCAGAGAACACUGGACCAUACCACUAGCAACGGUAACCCCCAUGUUGAGGGGAAGGAGCAGAGAGUAGAGGCAGGAGGACCUCUCUCUCUGAUCAGGGGAAAUGGCAUGGUGGCUGUUGUACUGCCCACACACACACAGACAGACCCACAAACACAACAAGAUCUACACACAGCUCCAGCACUAGAGAGACCCAGGGACCUCCCUCUCACCUCCCACCUGCCAGCAGAGCUCUCUGGGCUGGCCCGCUCUGAGUUCACCCCCCUCUGCUCGGACCAGGACUCCAGCCUGGCUCUGUCAGCCUGUAGAGUGUAUAAAGAGGAUGCCUUAGUGUUGCUGAUCUUCAUUUCCAACAACAAUGACUCAGCGCUCCACCAGAUGGCGCUGCAGCUCACCUGCAAAGAACUGGAGAUCUCCUGUAUCUCAGGUAGUCCGUUGAAGGAGGUUAAGGGUCACAGUGUGUCGGUUUGUCUGCACACUGUUGUCAUGAAGAGAGCCUCAGUCCAGGUGGAGCUGGCUGGGUUACUGUCCUACCAGAGACCACUGGGCCAGCCCCAGGCAGCACAGUUCUCAGUGAGCCUCUCUCUGAAACACUUCCUCAGGCCGUUGACUGUGUCCACAGGGGAUUAUGGGAAAAUGUGGUUGUCUUUCUCUCAUGACUUGAAGCAGAACCUUCGACUGGUAACAACAGAACACCAAGACCCUCUGACUGCCACACUGGACGCGCUGAAGGGCAAACUACACCUCCACGUUGUCGACAUUAUAGGGUCGGAGGGCAUCGUGGCGUGCCGGCUGCUUCAGGGUCCAGGUCAGGGUCAGCCAUGUCUGCUUCACUGUCGUGUCCACGCUGACUCUCUGGCCGUGUGGCUGCGCUCCCCUGUCCCUGAGCUGCCUGACUCCCUCCUCUACCACUGUCAGAAAGCCCUGACGGAGACCUGAGCCGGGCCGUGUCUCAUUCCAGGAAGUUGUUCCCUUCCUUCUGCCUUCGUUCACCUCACUGAUUAUUUUAAAAAAAAAGUUAUAUGACAGCGACUAAGGAUGCGCUUCAACAGGCAGCCCAAUUCUGAUUUAAAAAAAUCACUGAUUGGUCUAAUCCAAUCAGCUCUGAAGAUCUGAUGUGAUUGGUCAAAAGACCAAUUAGUGGAGAGAAGAAAAAAAGAGAAUUGGACUGCCUGUCUUUGGUUUACACCUGACCAGUUGUUUGUCUCAUCGGUAAAGGAGAGUCGACAAGGACGAAGGGGAGGAAACCACUUCAUGGAAUGAAGUGCAGCCCUGCGCUCACAGGCCCCAAGCACCACCACACGGAAGUACAUAGAAUCUCCUCAUUGAAGCAAUCACACAGAGACAUACAGUGGAAAGCAGCUGAUGUUAUGUGUCCUUGUCUUUGCAGUACAGUGUUUGCUAUAUAUUUUUCUCAACAGUGAUUUCACGUGGUUUUAUUUUUAUGCUCAUGUAUUUAAUGCGUUUUUAACGGGAACAUCUAAUUGUUCUUAUCGCUUCACAGCUCUUUGUGAAAACGUGAGCUGUGAACCUCAGAACGAACUAGAAGGAAAGCGUGCUCUGUAUUAGACGCCCUCUAGAAAUAAACACUUAUUAAAUGAGGA